GAGAAAAUGGAACUGACUGCCGAGGAAUUGGUGGAGGCAAUCUCCGCAAAGCGCGAAUCAGAAAUCAGUGCAGUUACUGUGAAAGGUCUCCCAGUUGAAGAAGUGCCGAUUGUAGUCGUAGCACGUGAAUUUACUGUGGAGAAAGAGAUAGAUGUAAAAGAUGUUGAUGAGACGUUAUUUUCGAGAGAGGAAAUCGUGCAAGCUAGAGAACCAGAAAUCUUCGGUAAAGAUAUCCAGGAAGCAGAGGUAACUGAGGAAUUGGCUGGAACACUGAGAAAAGAAAGAGUCGCAGAUGUAUUGGAUAGAGUAGAGAAGGGGAAAAUUGCGGAGGUAGCGACUAGAGAACCUAGAGCAGGUAGAUCUUCACCAUCAUUGCCUGAAGGUGAAAGGGAAGGUGAUGUAGAGCAAUAUGAAAAAUCAGAUGAGCGAUUGGCAGCAGAACUAGUAAUGGAUGCCAAAGAAUUUCAUGAAUCUCCAACUAAAGAUAUCUUAGAGACAGAAACACCUACAGAGGAUUUUUGCGAGAAACCAUGUGCGGACAGAGAAGAUCGUAGUCCGGUAUACGAGAAGGAACUGGAGGAAAAGGUAGAGACGCGUGAAGCAAAAGUAAUCGAAUCUCCGAAAAUAGAAACUGAUUCUGAAUUUAAAUCAGAUAAGGAAACACGUGUUGACAAGUCCCCCAUGGCUGAAGAUCAUCCUGAACUGGCAACUAAAGAUGAGAAAGAAGUGAAAGCAAUGAUGGAAGACGGAGAUAAAGGGAUUAGUGAAUACGGAUACGAAACGACCGAACGUGAAGCGGAAAGUGUUCACAUUGAGACAUUUGAUCCAUCUUCUGUAACCGAACCUAAGGAAGAUGGUUUUGAAAUUACGAAAACGGUUGCGAUGCAGGAGGAGAUUAUGGAAAGGAAGGAUGUUAUUGAAAUUUCCGUGACGAUGGUUGCAGUUGGAGACACAAUUUGCAAAGAAACAUAUGGCGAUAAAAAGUUUGAAAGUGUAAUUUUUAAAGAGGAAUUCGAGAUUGUGGAUAAUGGUGAGGACGGAGAUGGCAAAACUGACAAAUAUCAGUAUGGAGCGGUAAUGUCAGUGCCAACAACCUCAGAAACAGAAUCUCUAGGUGAAGCAUAUGAAGCUACCGUUACAUUGUCACCCAUACCGGUUUCUCCGUCUGAAAUGGAAGCCGAGGAAGCUCGUUCAAUUAAAGAAGCUCUCUUGGUUGAGUUUAGAGAAGUUAGGGAAGAUCAAAUCAAAUUAUCUGCGGAGAGUGAUUCUUGUAUUGAAGAAAACGCUGUAGCACAGUCAAAGUUUGUUGGUAUUCAUUAUCAAGGAGAGGAAUUCAUGGAGGAAUAUGAUCCUGAUGCCUAUGAUAAGGAAGUUGAAGUAGACGAAGCGAUCGAUGAAAAAGAGAACGCUGUUGUUACAGGAGACUGGAUUUAUUCCCAUGAGAUUAAAGACAAGGGUGUUGUGAUUAUGGCUUCAGAAGUGAUUAAUUUAAGCGAAAAUGAAAAUUUUGAGGUUGGAGAAAUGGUUUUAUUCCCGGAUAUAAUUGCUGAAGAGAAACCACACGAUCAGAUUCAAGGCCAAACUUUGGUUAGGGGACAGAAAGAGGGUCUUACGGAUACGUUGACACUAAAGAAAGUGGUAGAUGAAUUGCAGAAGAAUGUAUGGAUUGGCGAACCUAAUGAAGAAUUGGCUGUAGAAACGAGGUUCGCCAACAAAGAAGAAAGUAUAGAUUCCUUGCCCAAAAAUUUGGUACAUGAAGUACAGCGUGAUAUAGGAGACUAUGAUAGGAGACCACUUAUAAGAGAAGAUCGUUCCAGUAAAAUAGAAGUUAAGGAAUGUCAGAUCGAGGGGAACAACGUUUCCUGUAAAAUAGAAAUAAUGGAACCGCCAACAAAAGUAAAUGAUAUCGAUAUUAAGAAACCUACAUAUGUGGAUUCCGAAUAUUCUCCUUUGCUGGCGGAGUCCGCUGAUCUGGGAGCCAGGGAAAUAUUUGCUUUAAUAACCACUACCAAGGAGUUAGUGGAUGAAGUCACUGAAGCGGAUUGUGGAGUGUUACCUGAAGCCGUUACUGCUGUCGAAGGAGACAUUCUUCAGUCGGAAUCUGAGGAACUUAAAGUAAGAACAGACUUUGCAGAAAAAUCUCACAAGGAACCAUUUACAGAAGAAUCGCAGGCCAGUUAUGAAGAGAAGGAAUCUGAACUAUUGGAGGAAAACGUCUGUGAAACAUGUAUAAUAAACCCCCCUAUGAAAAGAUCUAAGUCUGGAUUGAAAGAAGUUUAUGAGCAAACCGAUAUAAGAUCACCAAUGGAGGAGGAACUUCCUACAGACGAAGCAACAAAAUUUCUUCAGGAAGAGAAAGAUGUAACUUUUCCAUAUUGCUUGAAACAUGAAGGAAAAGCCGUCGGGGAGGAGGUCGCUGACUUUAUCUUACAUGAAGCAGACAUAGCUAGUGCGGAGAGAAGGGAUUCUUCAAGCAAAUUUCCUGCUGAUUAUGAGUCUGCACCCUUUUCUAGCAGAAUGUCUUCGAAAAUUAUAUCAGCUGAGGACCAAAUGUCUGUAUUUCCUCCCGAUUCAGGGUCGCUAACCGACGGUUUAAAACCGGCAUGCUUGUCGUCUGGAUCGCAGUCUGAUCGCUUGCGUCAUGUUCUCGACAGUGGGGAAGAAAUUAUAUCUGAACCUGAAUUAGGAGUUAUCGUUGUGGAGUCAGAUUUGCAGUUCGUAGGACAAAGGUCUGGGGAAGAUGUUGGUGGUGCUGAAAUUGAACGUAAUAUUGUGGAAAUAGAUGUUGAAAAGUCCACAGCUUCGUUACUGGAUGAUACACAAACUUUUCGUCUUCCCUCUGGUAUGGUGUUUGAUGUUCCAUUACUUCCUUCCUCAGAUAUUUCUCAAAUUAAUGAUACUUGCGAUGUAAGUGAAAGUAUGGCUCACGUUACAAGCACGUCGCGUCAGCAGGAGCUUCUUAAUCAAACUCAUGUUACCGAGACAGAAGUGAAGGAACUUAUGUGUGAGGUUAGAGAAGUUACACGACAAAUUAAGCAGGAAGUCCGAGAAUUGAAACCAGACCUAACUCCCACACCAGAAGGAAGAGAGUCGUCAAUUUUGCCACUUUCUGAAUCACGUGAGUUUGUAGAACUAGCUGAUCUUGGAUGCAUUAAAGAAGAGCAAGCCAUCCUUGAUUUUGAUGAGAAGAGAUCGCAGAGUACUGUCCUGUCAUAUGCAACACAUGGUCCAUGUUUUGAUACUACUUCUCACGAUGAAAAGUUAUCUGAAACUGUAGAAGUAUUCUGUGGGCCAUUUCCGCCUUCUAAAAUAGUUGGCUUUAAAGUUAAAGGCGACACAGAGGCCUGUGAUCAAUCAGACAUCUUGGCCACUUUUAGUGAUACAAGAAUAAUGCGAAGUCUAUCGCCAGCCACUCCAGUACAGCAGAAAUUAAGUACCCCUGAAUGUCAGUUACCUGGAGGGAACAUAGUGGACGUAGAAGAUGUUGCAGAACUGUCAAAGCUAGGAAUACCGGCGCAACAGCGAACACCAGAAAGUGUGCCAGAAGACUGUAUAUGUGAAGAGCGGAUAGGUCCUCUUUUGGAUUCAUGCACAGAUAGUAAUAACGUAACAUCUGGAGAAACUGGUAUUUGUAAAGAGAUGUUAGAUACAUCGUCUGUAAGUCGAAUCGAAACGUUAACACAUAGCUCUUUGGGGUUAAGUUUUAUUCCUUCUGGUGUUUCUGGAGCUUCUGUUUCUGCUGAAAUACUUGACAAACCCAGUGAACCACAAUUUGAAACAAAAGCAGAUAUCUGUGAAAAUGACUUAGAACGAAUAUUUCUUAUUCAUUCUCCACGAAGGGGAAUUAUGGACGACUCCAAUAUUAAAGAACCACCAGAUGUCUUUCUUGAGGAAGAUGUUGAUUCAUUGUCCAGUCAAACGCCAAAGAAAUUACCAGUAGACAAUGAAUUAACCAUGGACAUUGUGGACGAGCACUGUCUCAGUGAACAUGCUAUCGAUAACUUACAUACCAUAGAAACCAGUGAUAAACCUCGAUUUGCACCGACUUCCUUGAUAGUAAAAGAAGAAAGAGCAGGUCUGAUACAGAAAAUGAAGUUGAAGUUCCAAGAGCCGCAGUGUGGUACAGACGUUUAUGAAAAUUUAAUUCAGACAGAUGCACAUGACGUUCUCAAUUCUGACGCUCUUUGUGAGAGUGAGGAAGACAUAGAUUAUGUCUUCAAAGUUCUUCCAGUAGGAGACGUAAAAGAAGAGUAUGCUGACAGUGAACAAAAUAUUAGACCACGGCAUGCCUGUAGUUUUGACACACCAGCAAAUAUUCUUCGAUCCCCAACGGGCAUAUCGAUUCCCAAUUUAUUCAACGGUGCAGCUGUAGCGAAGGUGAAGCUGCAGAACAAAGAUCUUGAGGAUGAAUAUUCAGAAUUCGUAACAGAAAAAGAGACUCCAUUGGCCCAGGUUACUGUGGCUUAUGUUGAAAAAUUAUUACAGGAGUCCCAUUCCGAAAGCGCAGAGUCCUUGGUCAAUCGUGUGAGGGAUCUUCCUGCAAAAGAUGAUUCCUGGGUUCUAACAGAAGUCGAAUCUUCUGACCUUGAUUUGUCGGCCGAAACAAAAUUACGGGAGACAGAACCCUCGGUUGCAAGUAGCACUGACAUUCCUUUAGAUGUAGAUGUUAUGUCUCAUGCGCCUUUGGAGCGCCAGCAUAUCCUGGCGAAAGCAGAACAAGCCUCUGCUGCAAAAGAUGUAACUGCCUUAAUACGAGAACAAUUUAUGGAGGUGUUUGUGCCUAUUGUGUCCCCUGGUGCCUCUGCGACACCGACAUUUGUUUCUCAAACGAACUCAGAAGUUUUAUCUCGGGAAGAACAGACUUUAGACAUGGCCCAAAUGAAAGCGACAGAAUUUCCUACGGAAUCAUCUGGCUGGACAGUAGAAUCGGAUAAAAUCUUGGACAUUGCUCAAGAUGAUAUUAUAAUGAAAGACGAUCUACUUGAAGUAACUGUGUCAACUGAGAACGCCAAUGGCGUUGUCAGCGAUGGUAAAUUGUUUAGGACGGAAUCCGGUGCUACGCAUGUUGAAUAUGAAACUGGAGUCACGCGAUCUCUAAGUGUCUGCGAAAACGUUGUCUCCGAUCAACCUUUAACGCUAGAUGAGCCUAGUUCUUUAAUCGGUCACCGUGGCGAGAAGGAUACAGGAGACGUAUCACACGACGAGAAUUCAACCCAGAAUGAAUCUGUUAAAACUAAAACCAAGAAGAGGCUUUCUGAGAGGCAAGCACAAAAAGUGUCCACUAUAAAGAAAUUCACUAGGGAACCUGUUGCUCCCAGUGUCACCAAAAUGGCAGAUGAUCAUUUGAUAGUCAUGCACCGUACGAAGGAACAUGAUAAAACUUCACAUGUAGUUGAAGUCUCAACCAGUGUGACAGUGCCCAGAUAUCGUGGUUAUAUGGCGUCCACUCUCUCUAGGGAUUUAAAAGUUGAACGUUCAUUUGCCGAACGUAGCUCAUAUUUUAAGAGAGAACCUAUUAAAAGAAGAGUUAAUACAGAAAGCGAAGACUCGUCAAGCUCCGCAUCACCUUCUAAACCGCCAGUGCCAAAACAAGUGUCCACAGGAACUGUGCCCAGAACGUCCGAAACCGCUACGAAAUCCAGAGGCGUUGAUAGCAUAUCUACACCCCCUGAAAAGCAUGUUCAGGAAACAAUGACCAAGAAGUACGUAAGCAUUUCGAAACGCAAUAAACCAACGGUGUCGGCCGUAAUAACUCGUUCAACGGCACCUAGGGAAGAGAAAUUUGUCACUAGUCGACCUACUUCAACAGGAAAUACCACCGUCCCUCAGAAAGUCUCUGCAAGUAGCGGUUCAUCUACGUCUGGUGUGAAACAGUCACGCCUCCAUUCCACUGUUAACAAAUCACCAGUCGAAUGUGACGCAUCCCAAGAUCGUGGUAGAAAGAGAAAAUUCGGAGUGCAGUCAAAGUUAACGGAUUCUAAGGCACUUGGUAGAAAAAAGGAACAGAAGAGAACGGCCACUGAUUCCGAGAUUGAUGAAAGUCUUUCUGAGGAAAUUCCCAACUCGGUGUUUGGUAUCAAAUUGAAAAAUACUGCAUCAAAAUUGGAAUCACACAGUAUGCUGGAUAAUGGGGUUGUUUUGGAAGCCAUGAAAUAUUCGACAGAGCAAACUAUGACGGAUGGCACAGUAGCAAAGCCAGUUCACAGCAGUACUGAAUUCCCGUCGUCUGUAGAAAAUAGUGUAACGAUUUCCCAUCUUCAUAACACAGACUUCAAAGACAUUGCUAUUGCACGCACUAUGUUUCCUCCAUCCAAUGCACCUAGUCCUGAAUCAUCCCCUUCCAUAAAAUCCGUACUUGAUAAGUCGUCCGCAGUCGCUUCAGAGAGAAGAAAUAGUCGCCCUCCGAGUCCUUCUCCGUCCGCAUCCCCGGUUCGCGCCGCGACAUCGGCUUCGCGAAGUACCGAGCGCUUCGACUACAGUAGCCAUACUCCGCCGUCCCUGCCAUCCAGCCCAAGCCGUGUGGUGCGACAAAUGACUUCCCAGGUUGGAGUGACGCAACUUCUUACUUCCGAGGUUUUCACGCGUACCGUUGAUGCGUCUGGCUCCAUCGAAGUCAUAUACCGGCAACCGACUUCGUCCGAGACAUUGCGUCGUGUCGCGGUCGUUCCCGGUACUCGAUCCUCUCUUCAUGAUAUUGUCCCUGGCGUUUGUAAUACCGGUACGGAAGGAGAUGUCUCACUCAUUGACACUACCGAUUCGUCGCUAUCCGACUCCGUAGCACUCCCAUCCUCUUCCUCGGAACACGAUCUGAGCGUGGACACGCGGCUACGCACUGGAGGUUCCCCGGCUUCACCCAAACCUACAAGGCGGUCGUUGGAUCUAAUCCAUGAUGGCCCGGGUACAAAACUUCGAUCUUCGGAUCUGUUGUUCGAUUAUUGUCCCGUCCCCUCAGCCGCCGAAUCUGAACACUUAACUGCGGACUCAUCCGCCUCAAGGCUUGAAGUUUCCUCAUCAGUAGUCUCGCUUGAUGCCGUCCCCAAGAUUCGGAGCUGUACUCAUGUAUCUGAGGAACGUCUGUCCCCGAUCUUGGAUGUUCGUGCCGUUACACCUCCUAGAAUGAAACACAAAUUUCAAUAUGAGUACAACAACGAAGAUGAGGAAGAAGAAGAAGAGGAGGAAACCAUUGCUGUUUUCCAUAGCUCUCCAGAAUGGGCAGAGAAAUCACGAGAAAAAAGCAAAGACAUUCAUACUACAAAAUCAGAUUGGAUGUUGAGCACAUCAGCAGGCAGUGCUGCAGUUGAAGGGUCGGGAUGUAUGGGACCUCACUGCAUGAAACCUUCCCAUCCUCAGACAGUCAGUAGUUUGAGAUUAAUAACAUCAGAACAGCUCCCACACAUACUGAGAACUUUACCUGUGAAUGUAGGUCAUUCAGAGAGUACUUUUCACACACAGUCAGAAAUGAAGUAUGAAUUCAAGUUACCAACAUUCUGCAGUCAAAGUCAAGGAUCUGAAUUGAUGGAACAAACUCACACAUUUCAAGAGUUUUCACAAGCUAAUGACACUGAAUCAGAUUUGCCUGUAGAAAUUGAAACUUUUGACAUAAACUUUCCUAAGGAGAUACCUUUGAGUAUUAGACGAAGUGUAGCAAAUAAGCACAGAACCAGUGUGCACAUUCAGUCAGAGUUUGAUCUCACUCAGUUCUUUCCUGAGAUUGUAUCAUGUCAGCCUACUAAGCCCUCUCAGUUGCCUAUGGAGAAAACAGUGCCUAUGAAUGUGAGUGAAAGUGUCUCAUUGCCAUUAGAAACAUCGGUAGAGACUGUAGGACUACUAACAAAACCCAGAAUGACGAGCCCAGCGGCAGCUCAGACAAACAGAAGAUUGAUGUUGAUUACAGAUUUGCUUUCAAAUGAACAUGAAGGUUUGGUAUCUUCACAAGUAGCAAGUGGGGAUAAAUCUGUCGAUUAUAUUGUUAAUCCUGAAGAAAUUACAGUUGAAUGCAAGAAUCUUCAGACUGCUGCUUCAAAUUACACUGAGACUGCAGUUUCCGAAGAUGGAUCUCAACUGGGAGAUAUAGUAGAACAAGUAAUCUCAGAAGAGUCAAUGAAGGAAAUUCUACUAGAAACAACUGAAAACUUCAAAUUCCACUCAGAACUGAAGAAUGAAAUACAGGCAUCUCCUAUUCCAGAGACACAUGUGAAUGUCUUCACUGUUCUGCCACAUGAAGAAACCAUGAUAGAACUCUUACCUCGGAAGAUAACUAGAAAGCUAAACAUUGAAAAUGAAAUUUGUGCAGGUUUGGAACAAAGUACUUACAAUAAGAAAUUUGAAAGUUCUACAAAUGUACGAAAUUUUCAUGAUACAAUUCAACAAAAUGAUUUAAUUGGCAGUAUUCCUGAAUCCACGUCACCAGAUGAGCUGGGUGAAACAAAUGUAGUGUCUCCUACAUUAUCCCUUUUUGUCAAGCAGAGAAACACAAAGCACAGCAGCAAACCUGAAGAGAAUAGUGAUCCUUUGUGUGAUUACAAAUGGCAUGAUAACUGGCAAAUGACAAAUGGCAAAUGGUGUAAUAUGUGGCCCAUAGAUUCAGCUCACAUUUCUCACAAUCCAGAGAAAAGUGAGUGUCCACUUUUCCCCACAAGUUGUUCUACUAAUGAUGUAUUUAAAUCUCCAUGGGCACAAAAUGAUAAUACUGCUGUACAGAUGUUAGUCCAUGAAAGUGAGUUCGAUGAAGACAUUGAGGUUAAUGUUUUGGUUGAUGACAAUCUGAGACACAGCCUGCAUGAAAUAGAGGAAACUAUUGGCCAGUUGGUAUCAGAUGUGGAGAUGGAUGAGACACAACUACUGAAACACAUAUCAUUCUUGGAAAGUCCAGUUGUGAAGAGUUCAGGUGCACUUGAGAAUGAUGAUGUAAUAUGUGACAAUUUGGAAUCAGAAAAUACCGUCUCUAGCACUGCAGUCACCCAGUAUGAGGAGCCACAAAGGCAAGGACAUUUUGAAAACAACAGACCUGUCAGAGCUGAGGUUAAGCUUUUGGUUAAAACAUGUGAUACUGGCAAAGAGGCAAUAGAAAUCCGCAGCAUGAAAGAGUACUUGGAUGUAGAAGUGGUUCAUGGACAAGAAGAUAGUCCUUCUAUGUACACAGCAGAUUUUAUUGCUCCCACAUGUGUCUUAGAGAGCUUUCAAGAGCAACCAGACUUUCCUCAGAAUUUAGAACCAUCAGCGAAACAUAUCCCAGUGAAGCUCAUGCAGUCAUCUUCUGAUUUUAUAAAUGAUGAAAGCAUUUUACAUUCACAUGAACUAUCACAGAAUGGCUCACUCAAAUUAAAAAUAUUUGAGAACAUUCAGCUAGGAAGUGAUCUUUUGAAAAAUAUGGAACUUGUAUCAUCAAUGCGUGAUUUAAAACAAGGAUAUACUUCAGUUACUUCGGAAUGUCACCAAGAGCACAACAUGGGAAAGUACUUCCAUUUGUCCCGUGAUGGUAAAUUGCUGGAUGAUUCCACAAUACAGAAACCACAAACACCAAAGCAACAAGAACAAAAAGACAAGCAGCUUCAGCAAAUUCAGAGACUUUUCAUUCGUACACCAAACCUUGCAUUAUCUGAACCUUUGAACAUGUUGCCAUCAGUAGGAAGCACCAAGCAGCAGAGCUCAGCUAAAAACAUAAAGCCACAUGAAAUAAAGAAACUUCUUAUUCGGUCCCCAAAUUAUGAAAAUUUUAUAACAUUCCCAAUAGUAACACCAUCAUCAUUACCAUCUGAUUUAAAACCCCUCUCGAUUACACCAACACCACCACCCCAACACCUGCCUAAAACAAAGCUUUUUGAAAAUCUUCCCAGAGUACCUCUUGCUUCUGAUGAAGAUCUUAAGUCUGUAUCUCCUUUGAGGCAAAACAUCUCUCUUGGCAACAUUUUUUUUUCAUUUUUACCUAUAGAUGAUGUAUCAGAUAUUCCAGAUGGCUCGAAUUCAUGCACUCCUCUUUCACGUUCAUUGUCCAUGCCAUGUUUAGCUGUGGGAAUAGGUAGUCCCUCAUCAUCUACCAUUCCACUCAGUAAGACAACCCUUUCACACCCCCUUACAAGGGUUGUAUCAAUGCCUUUACUUCAGCACGCAGUGUAUCCCAUAGUAACUGAACUUCAUGAAACAUACUUGUCCUCAUCUCACAGCAGUUAUGCAGAGCCAAAAGACUGGAGUUCUGUGUGUGGUGAUGACACUAAUCAGACAAAUUCGCCGUCAUCAAUUCCAGUUUCCACAUUCUCCAAACAAGACAUCUUAGCAAUGUUUGGUCAACCAAACUCCUCACUUUCCAAGUCACCUGUGUCUUCCAGAAGCCAUCACAUGAAAAAGUGUGUCUCUUCACCUUCAUCAUCAUCUUCACUUCACACUGAAAUAGUAGUACCUCAUACCUCUCCAAACUUUUCUAGAUAUUUUGGAAGAAAAUCGCCAGAUUUCUUCAAUUCCAUGUCUUUAAACGAUUGUCCAGAUCUUACAAAAACCCCACCUAGAUCUUCAGGAUCGCCAAAACACUGCAGAUUCAGUCAGAAUUUAAAUAUGAGUACACUCACUUGCUCUCAAACAACACUGUCUAACACACUAGGAGAAUCAGAUCCUUGGUACCUACAAACAGAAUUCCUAUUAUCCCCUGUAGCUAUCCCUUCAGGAUAUUGUACCUGGGUCCCAACUCCCGACCAGCAGACAUACAGCAGAGGAAAGUCACCCACAGACGUAUCAAGUGGAGACAUGGUCAAAACCUCACCCAUCAUUGUGGGGGUAAUGGAGAAAUCGGUUCCAAAAUAUGAUGUCAGGAAGGAAGAUUUGUCAAGCACAGCGGUGGAACCUACAGUAACAACAGAAUUAAAUCUUGAAAUUCAGAAAGCCUCAGAUGAAUGUUUAGCAAAGGAGAAAGAGGCCAUUCAAGAGGCAUCUUACAUGAAAGGAACAGAAGAAAUGACUAGAAACCCUGAUACUGUUUCAAUUGCCGAUUUAAAAAAGAAUAUUAAGGAAGUUAGUGAAUUCUUGUAUUUGUCAGAUAUAUCAAAAGUGACACGUGAUGUGUUAAAAGAGACUACAAGGGAUUCUGAACAUGUGAAUGUAAGAGAUAGUACAUGUAAAAUGAAGGCUGAUGAGGCUGAAAAUAAUGCUAACCUGAUUAAAGGAAGAGAUACUCAUGAUGAGGUCACAAAAACAGAAUAUGGAAUUAUGAAACAGGAGGAUAUGAUUGUAGAUGAAAUAAUCAUGCCUGAUGAAGGGAAGGACACUGUAAGAGACGACAAAAUCAGUUUAAUAGAAGACAUUCAUGAUCAGACAGAUCAUGCAGACAGAGUGCAGGAAGAUAAAAAGGUAGAUAUAAAAAUUGAGAAAGGUGGCAAGUCAGACAGUGAUAUUGAAGUUCAAGAAUCAAAAGAUUCAGUCAUUGGUAAUUUGAAGGAUAUAUCCCAAGAAAGGUUAGUACACAGAAAGGUGGAGGAAUGUAAAACAUUAAUUUUGGAUGAGAAUCUAGAAAGUGAAAUUUUAAAGGAUGCAGAAACCAUCGAUAAUUUAAAGGACACACUUCAAGAAAAGUCAGGAGAGAGGAAGGUUUUGGAGUUUAAAGUAGACAUUUCAGGUGGAGAACUAGACUCAGAAGUUUUAAGAGAUACCAUGAAAACACGUAGAGAAGAGAUCAGAAGAGAUUUAGAUGAUUAUAUAGAGGAGGAAAUUAAACCAGCUGUAACAGUUCAGACAUCUCCCAAAAUAAAAGAGAUUCAGUCAGAGACCAAACCCAUAGUCACAACUCCAACACUGUCCCGUCGAGGACUGGGGGGUUCACAGCGCUUGUCCCGGGACCAGCGUCCACCACCACUUGAUGUUUCCCAUCUGAUGUUGAGUAGUGAAGAGGGGACAGAUGAAGACUUUGAUGCAGCAGGAUACAUUGUGACUGAACCUGGAGAUGAGGGUAUACCAAAACAACAAUUCCAAGAAGAUGGCAUUUAUCGAAUAAAUUCCUCUCCAGAUAUACUGGCAGAGUCUUCACUUCAAAAUGAUCCUACUAGACUGAUACCCACUGUUCAGGUAACAGAGGAUAUCAAAGAUACAUUGCUCUCAGAGGUUUCUAUUCAGGCAAACCAUGGUGUACCAAGCAAUGAAACUGAGCAAGAAGUGGCUCAGAUACCAAAAAUGCAGUUUGAUGUUCCAGAAAAGGUUCAGACAAUGAAAGCAAGUAGAGAGGCUCACAUACAGCUAGAAACUCCGCCUCAUGAAAUGACUACGAAAUCACCCCAACCAUCCAUUCCAAUUGAACAAGUUAUAGAGCAGCCUUUGAUGACCUUUGACACUGUAACAGAUUUGCAGAUACCCUGUCUGGUGACCAUAGAAGAAUAUGAGGAUGAAGUACAGAAACAUAGGCCAAUGUUCCGCAUAGAAUCAGAUGAUUCCACUGAACAAGGAGUGGAGGAUAUUGAAGCACUUAUUGAGAAAGCAAAUCGUGAACUUGCAUUGGAGAUGGAGAGGGAAAGAUUUAAGGUGUCAGAGGCUGAUGAAUCGCCUGAGGAGGAGGAGGAGGAGGAGGAGGGGGAAGGAAACAUUAAAAUGCAUGUUCCAGAACAGGAACCUGAGGUGACUGGGGAGCAUGCUGUUGGACCAAAAGAAUCUGAUUCCAAGCAUCAAAGAAAACUACGCCGUGUGGAGCGGCGAUUUGAACGAAUGGCAUCUGAAACAUUAGAGAAAGAAGCUGCAGCAGAGGGCAGUAGAACACCUGAAGUUGAGCUACGUCGUGAGGCAGAGUUUGAGCAAAUGGUAUCGCAGCUGUCAACAGAGGAGGUUGCAGAAUGUCAGCAAGAGUACUCACAUCUGUGGGAUGAGGGAGGUUUGACACCAUCUGAAGACUGGGAUUCACGUGAUCCUGAUACACCAAGUGGUGAGUUGGAAGAAGAAUCCACCACUGCAUCACCACCAGAGAGCACCAGACCACUAACAACAGAGUUGACGGAUCGCCAGGAAUCCAGGGUGGAGGAGCCCCUCAUCCUACACCCAACUCCAACCCCUCGCCUCAUCCCAAAACCUGAAUCCCGGGAAGACGUAACCUCUCAUCUUCACACAUCCCCACUGGAACCCGUAGGUCCUGGAAUUUCAUAUGAAGUUUCCCCUGUAUCCCACAUACCAGUUGAGAGAGUCAGUGUAGGGAUAUCCCCUUCUGAAGUCAUAUCUACAUUUGAUGACUCCAGGACUGACACAGUAGAACCAGAAGGAGAGAAGAUUGUUGAGGUAGAUAUCCAGAGUUAUUCAGACAGGAAGAAAUUCUGGGAGCAAAUGACAACUGGCCAGGCAAAGACCACCCCUGAGGCAGUUGUUAAACAGCGCACUCUGUGUCAAGAGUCGGUUGCACCGCCAGUGCCUAAGCCAAGGUCCUCAAUAUCCACUCCUGCACCUUUGAUAUCAGUACUUCAAGAAAGUGGCAUUGUUAAGUCAGAGACAGAAAGUGAUACAGAUACUACGACUUUUAGUGAUUCUACGAUCCGCAUGCAUCCUCCGCCAGCCUCAGUAAGCAAACAGUCAACGUUCACUGGCUCCUCUGACACUUCUGACCGUGAAGGUUCUGAAACGGAAGCCAUGGACGUUGCUACGAGCCAUAUUACUGGUGUACCCACUACAGUUCCGUCUGUAGUUGCGGUGUUCAGCCAGCAGCAGUCUCGCACUGAAGAGGAGGAGGUAGGCAGUAGUGACUCAGAGGCAGAAUAUCUGGCCAAGUGGGUGGACAAACCUUUAGCAUAUGAGAAUACAGCCUUUAUAGGAGACGAUGAUGGUAGCAGCAAACCCUCUAGCCGUGUUGGGUCACUAGACAGCAGUGAGGAGAUACCCACACUUUCAAGCAAGAGAGCACUAUUUGAAAAGAAUUUUGAACAAACAUUGCCAGUAGCGGCUUCUAGGAAAGUUUAUGAGAGAUCUGUGUCUCUACCCACAGAAGACCUCAUUCCAUUUGAUCACAAUGGAAGCGUGCGUGCUAAGAAGCGGUACUUUGAGGCUCAGAUCAAGAAAGAAAUGGUUGUGGAACAGCUUAUGACGCAACUAGAAGAAGAGGCUUCACCUGAACACAAAGCAAUCUCUCAGACUUCCUCCAACCAGAAAACCGAUCAUGAUGGGACGAUAAGCCACCAGAUACACAGUGAUAUAUUCACCCAAGAAUUAGGUGAAUAUAUAGAACCGUUGGUGCCAGAGAGCAAAAAUGUUCUAACGACAGUCAAACACACAGAAGAGGGAAGCCAAGAAGAUGGUUCUGAGGAUGAUGAAUAUUGUGUUGGUACUAUUUCAGAAAUUAUGAAAGUAGAGAACGAAACUGAUGUCAAAUCCAAAGUUAUCACAGAUGUUCCAAAGAAAUGUGUUCAGAAGGCAGGUUUUGAAAAAGAAGACAAGAAAAGGAAAGUAGACAUUGUUCAAGAAACAGGAAUGUAUUCUGUCACUGAAGCUUCAAGCAUAAGUGGUCUGGCUAAAAAAUUUGAGAAAGAUAUAUCUUAUCCAGGUCAAGAAGUAGCGGUACCAGAUUUAUGCGCAGUUGGUCCUUCUAAACUUAAUGAAUUUGAUGCCCACAUUUCUGGAGAGCCUGGAGUUACACAAUGUACAGUACAAGGCAUUGCUCAAGAGUUUGAGCAGCUGAUAGCAAAACCAGAGUUUCAAGUAGGUAAUGUUGAGGAAAGACAGGCAGCCAAAGACAUAAGAACAAUCCUUGAGAGUGAGGUUCAGGCUACAGCACCUCAGUCUUCAGAUGCAACGACAGAGUCUCCUACAGAACAUGGUAAAGCCAUGACAGAAAAGUCUAUGGAAAUGAUGUCUGAAGUAUCAGACAUCGAAGUGUCCUUAGAAACGCGAGACGAAGUGAUCAGUGAUCGGUUGUCAGAGGUGCUACACUAUAAGACUGAAAAUAUAACCAAACCAUCAGAUUCACUUGAGGUACAUGUUGACAAAAGUGAAAUUGAGGAGACAGAGAAAGAACGCGACAUUGAAGAAGAUAUCAAAGCAAUGGAAUCCAGUAGACUUCAUGAAGAAGCGAUGCCGUCCAUUACUGUAACUCUGUCCGGAAAACAGCGAACAGAUAGCUAUAGCCAAGGCGAAAGCGAAGAUACAGCUUCUGAAUCAGAUGUUACUCCUGAGGAACAUCCAUUAUAUCGACCAGAAGAACAUAUUCAUGACACUGUGUGGGAGGUUCCGGUUCAAGAACAGGCAGAGUCCAUAGAUGAAGAAGUUGUCCUGGAAAUACCCAUUGAUAAACAGGUUAUUGUAGAAAAGGAUGAAGACGAAGAAGUUGAAAGCGGCGAAACGCCUGUGAAAAUAACAGAGGAAGAAGCCCGAAUCAUUGCAGAAGAAGUUAUGGACAGCAUCGAAGCUGAGGUGGCUAAACGAAGUGAGUUAAUCGUUGAUAAUUCAUCUCUACCCGCUCCACCGCCAGAAACGGCCGAAUCGCAGGUAACGGAAUACCUGCGACAGCUGGCCGACAAGGAGGAACUAGAACCACGAGAAGUUCAACUAAUAGAGUCUGUGCUAGCCAGAAAACACCGAGAAGAAAUGAAAAAGUUGACCCGCACGGACACAACAACAUCCAGCAUGGAGAUUACGGAUGAGGACUUGCGCAGUAGUGGUGUAGAAACGGAUUUAUCUCCGCUUGACAGCCAAGCCGGACGAAUGCAAGAGCGUACCCUGUCAGAGGACACUCAACACAAUGAUGUAGGUGUUAAGCUGCAAGGUGAAGAAGUAGUCGAGAAAACUCUGGCUGAAGUACGGGAGUCUUUAGAAGCAGCUCAGGAACAGCUUAUCGAGCAGCAUAAGAAGAAGGAAGAGGUUGUUCAGAAGAAGGAGUCCCCUUCAGAAUUCGAAUUCAAAGUGCUGACAUUUGAGAAAACGCUUGACAAAAGUAUUGAGGAAUCGCGUUAUGAGGAAGUCAGUGCAACUACUGAGUGUACUGAGUCAAGAAAGGAUGACAGAACAAUCAGUCGUGUCACAGAUAUUGCUGUUGCUUUGUCGGAGAAAGAUGAAUUAGCUGAAGAAUCCAGAGCUACAGAGAGAACGGACAUAAAUGUCGGCAAAGAUGGCAUACAGGAAAUUAUAGAUUCUAAGAAGGAUAUGCUUGAAGAACGAGAUAUUAAACUGAAGAAAUCAAAAUUAGAAAACUUCGCUAUUGUGACAGAGAAGGCAGGUCUUGUUAGUGAGCAUCGUAUAUCUACUUGUUUUUCUGGCAAAGAGGAGCAGUCUUUAAUGAGUAAGGUAUCUGAAGCUGAAACAAAAGAAGGGGUUAUACAGGUAACGAGUGUCUCUGAGGAGAAGGAAAGUAAUGAAGCUGUGUGUGAGGAGAAACUUGUAGUUGAGAGCAAACUAGAAAACGAACAUAUUAGUUCAGUUUCCGAGAAAGGGCAUGUUGCACGAGCACAGACUGAAACAGUUAAGUUGACAGAAGAGGAGAUUAAAGUAGCAGGAAGCACAAAAGAAGAUGAGUUGAAGAGUGAAUGCAGGCGACAGACUGAUUCUUAUCUGGUAGGAGAGAUUAAAGUUGAAAAGUUAUCAACUUCUGAAGUUGUAGACCAAAAGGAAGAUGCUACUAUACAAGAGACAUAUAUGACAGAGAUACCAAAAUGUGAUCAAAAAUCCGAAGGAGCAAUGAAAACAGAACGAAAAGUUGAAGUUAAGAAGGGUUUGAAACUGGAUUCCGGUACCAUGGAAACAACCAUGAUCGAUCAAGUAAUGCCGACUUUGACUGAAGGCAUAGAACUAUCGAACGAGAAUGUCCAUGUGGUAGAAAAGGAGAUUAAACGUACACCAAGCGAAGAGUCGCAGCGGUCUCUCUCUCAGGACGAGUCCACAAAGUCUCCUGUAGAUUCAUCUUCAUCGUCAGGUCGCCGGGCCGAAUCGGACACUGUAAGAGUUAUUGAACGUCCAGAUGGUAGUGAGACAACAGUAGUUGUCCUUCGGCAUCCCCGCCAGUCUAAGCCAGAUGCCGAAUCGUCUAGUUCUGGAGAGCGAAGUGGAAGUGCAACAUUGCGAGCUGACAGACGUUCUGGUGCUGACUUCGAAACUUGGUCAAGUUCAGGUGAGAGCCAUUACCAUUCCUUCGAACAGACCUCAGAAAGUGGUCGUACAUCUAGUCGUCCUUGCUCCUCAGAUGUUGAAGCUCUAAUGGCAGGAGUUGGUACCGCUGGGUCAUCUGAAUACGAGUCUGCCUUGACAUCUCAAGAACUUUCAGCUCGUUCUACAUCUCACGAGUAUCAUACAGCUGUCAGCUCCUUAAGCUCUCGCGACUCAAUGAAGUCUCUGGACUCUGAAAGUUCUGGUCACCUGGCUAGUAUCGAAGUCUCCAGCGAGGCCUCGGAAACUCUCGUUCCUUCUGCGUUAGAACUGGAAAAGGAUAUGGAACUAACAUCAGGAGCGUUGAUCAUGGACGACGAAGAUACUGAACGUCGGGAAUUGUCAUCUCAGCCGUCAAUAAAAGGAGUAGAAACCUAUGACACAGCAGUUCCCAUUCAUGAUAUCUGUGGAGAAUUAUCGCCUCAUCAGUACCAAUCACACACCUAUUCUGGUUCAUAUAUAUCUGAAGCUACCUGUUCAUCCGAUAUGACUACUUCGGCCUUUGAUCAGGGUGAAGCUUCUCAGGUAGAUGAAGGACGACAGAGCCCGUUUGAAAUAAUAAGUGAAUCGGAAGUACUUGAGUAUCACGGUGAGGAGAUUUGUGGUUCAGAGGAUGAAGAAACUGAUAUUGCUGAGAGGAAAGAAAUUCCUUCAACUCUGUCAACUGAUGAAUCGGGAGAUGAGAGACCACACUGUAUGAAACGAUCUCAUGAAAUGAUUUUCCAGCCAGAACCGAGACCUAUUAUAACGGAUAGUCCUCUUUCUGAAUCCGCCACAGAAGAGAAAUUUGGCUCAAGUGUAGAGGAAGGUAGUAUUCUCAGUGUUAGUCUGUCUAGUGCUUCAGAUGCCACUGGUCUGAUGACAGUGAUAGAGCUUUCGAGGGCAGAUUCUGAACGCAUGGAUGCUUCGGUUACUUCAGAACAACUAACGGUGUCGGGCACCUCGGAGCAGCUCAGUCUUGAGGAAGUAGACCCGACAACACUCGCUGGAACUCAGUUUGUUGAUUCUGAAACUUGCACUUACCCCACGUCGACUUCAGGCCGUGAACUACAUCUGUCUUCUGUAACAAUCACCACUUCAUCAGUAGACGAAUAUGGUGUUCAAAGCGUAUGCACUCAAGUAACGUCUCAGUCUCACACACCUGUCCCGGAAAAUGAUGAAGAUGACAGUCAGACAGAGACAACAGAAAGAGAGCAUGAAGACGACUUUCCUCAGAGUAACGGACCUACCCAAGUCGAUUACGUUCCUGAAUAUGAUGAUGAUUAUGACGAAUCUCGGAAACGUCACAUGGGACAUCGCCGCAAGGAAAGCACAAGCAGUUUUGUACCUGCAGUGUUACCAAUUAUGACGAGUGCGGCACCAGCACAAGUAGCUAGACCCGUACCUGAAUUGAGUCCGUCGAAAUUUGAUACUGUCGAAGGAGUAGAAGAUAUGGCUGAAAGUGAUAAAUAUACGGAAACGGCACAACUCACACUGAAAGAAGUACGUAGCGAUGAGAAGAAAGAUGUUGACGAAGCCGAGAGAUUAGAGGAAGAAUCUUACCAGACUGAGGCAGACCAAGGAUUCCAUAGAGACCUGCGCGAAGGAAGAGUUUUAUUGGAAGAUGUUUCAGGAAUUGAGGAAGAGCCCGAGGCCGAACUUGACACGAGCAGACCACAGUCUCAAGUCAGCAAGUCAGAUUCUGAAGGAUGCCGUCCUGUGUCCUCAGGCUUCUCUGAUGAUCGUCCUGACUCUGAACUGGCUGAAUUGCUCAAACAGUGCUCAGAUGGUGGCAAAGAUCUUGAAGAUCCAAUCGAGAGGCCCCUUUCUCCUGAGCCUGCUGACGAAUGUGAAAUCAAAGACGAUACACCAGAAUUUUCCUCUGAAGCUCAAGCGAGCGUAACUGAGCUGGAAAUGGAGUAUUCUGGAGCAUUUAGUCGUUCGGUAGAAUAUGCUUCUCAUGUGAGUCCUAUCCGCGAAGAGCGCACUGGGAUGCAAUAUGAUGAUGCCUGCAGCGUGACUGAGCAGCCUUCUUCUGAUCGCGAGGAUGAUAUGGCUGAAGCAGAGGCCGCAUUUCAGAUGACUCCUCAUGUACAUCCCGCUGUGCCUCCUUCCUUACCAGCAACAAUACCUGAAGACCCAGCCGCAGAGAAACAUGAAUUAGAGACUCGAGAUAGGCCUCUGAAGGAGAGCAGGAAGCAUCAUGAAAUAGUAACUUCUCCAGCUUCCGUACCAGACAUUACAGUCACCCAACAUAUGACUCCAUUGGUAGAUCGCGGGUUUCACUACCCUGAUUUGGAAUUGGAAGAGGAAAUAGCAGCGACAAAAUCUGCGCCCCAAACACCAGCGUCUGUGUCGAGUAGAGCCUCUUCUGAGACUGAGACCGAUCAAGGUCGAGAGUAUGUUUUGGGGGAAGAAGAAAAUGGUGAUUUCAUUGGAGAGGAACCAGAGCUUGAAGACAUCAAAGAGGAUAAGCAUACUGAGUGGCGGUCUAUGGAUGAAGUCUCAGCUACUGAAGACAAAACCGUGUAUGAAUCAGAAGUAAAGGAAGGUGUUAAAGCAGAACCAACUUCACACACAUCUGAAUCCCCAGAGAGUGAUUCCUUUGAGAUGCUAGAAAAACCAGAUCUUACAGAUGAAUAUGUCGUGAUAGAGGAAGUUGGGAAAGAAGCAGAAGAACAUGACAUGGAAGGGAAAAGCGUCCAAAUCCAGAAGAGAACUCGGAUUAUGAAGAAAACGCAAGAUCAGAGUGAUGAGGAACUGAUCUCACCUCCAGCACCUGCCACUCGUAUGACAGAACUGAAAUAUUAUCCUGAGCCCGGAGAAGACACGGGUCCAUUUCCGUUUGAUUCAGACAGCCCUCCAACUGCUGCCGUUGCUAAGAAAUCUGUAGGCAUCCGCACACAUGAAUUGGACUAUGAAGGAGAAGGUGAAUAUGACAGAGAUGUAGAGGCAGGAAAGAAAUGGAUUGAGAUGCAGUUUCAAGGAGACGCUGCAACAGCUACUGCUGUUGCUGGGUAUGGCUAUGAAAUGGAGUUUGAACGUGGCCCACUAGAGGACAUUAAAGAAGAAGAAGUUAAUGAUUUUGACCAAAGCAGCAGUAAGGUGGGUAGCAUGGGGAGCUACAAAGGAUCAAUAGGUAGCUAUGGAAGUGUAAAAGAGUCUCUCAGUAGCACUCCAGAAUAUGAUGUCUUGGCUGGACGGAAAUUUUUUACUCGUUCCGGUGAGCAUGAUGAUGUAUCUAUGAGUUCACUACAAGAAUUUGAACAGUUAGAACAUCAAAUUGCUUUGGAGGCCGCGCGUAAACGGUCACAUGGCUCUCAGGAUUCUUUGAACGGAAACAACAAGCGGUACAGUCGCAGUGGUCAGGGUGAUGAUGUGUCGCUCUCAUCCUUGAAAGAGUUUGAAGGCUUAGAAACAGCUUGCAUUGAAGCUGUCAAAAUUGAGAACCGAGCCAAAGAGGAAGAAGCACUUUUAUCAGAAAUUGAAGAAGGCCAUGAGAGCCAAGUAUCAGAGUCUGAAAGCUGUGAGACCGUGUCUGUAGGUGAUGGACGAGGAGUUUUUGGAGGAGGCGGUGAGAGUGUUGAUUCUGAUGACUAUGAGAAAAGAAUGUUUGAAAUCGAUGAGAUUAUUCGGCAGGCUCAAUCAAAUGUCGAGCGGUUUAUCGACCCUAAAGAUGAUGUAACAGAAUCGGUGGGUCGUGGUGAUUCUUUAGAAGAAGUGGCACGUGUUCCUGAGCUUGAUCUUGACCAGCCAUUAUGUUUGUUCCCUGGUAAAAUGACUGCUGGGUGGCGCGAGGCAGAUGAUGAUGUAAUGCGUACCAGUUCUGACUCACUGGAAAUGAAAGACCAGUCAAGUGCUCUGCAUGCCAGCACAGACUCCUUGGACCUCAAAACUGUUGCUGAUGUGAUGACUGCCAGUGCAGAUUCCAUCGAGUUACAGAUGCAGUUGUCUAGUCGAGGUGACAUCAUGACUGACUCCAUGGAAGUACCAGGUGACUUUGCUAUAAUGGCCGCUUCUACAGACUCCCUUGACAUGGGUGGGGGUGCUGCUACAGCAGCAACAGCAAUGACUGAUUCCAUUGAAGAAGAGGAGGAAAUUUCAGUGUUAGGACAGGCAGAGGGUCAAGGUUCAGGCUCUGGAGGACAUGAUCAGAGCAGUUCCAGUGGACGUGAAGGUGACCUUAGCUCGUCUGGAAAGGAUGACAAUAGUGGAGAACAUGGACGUAUGCCACCACCCCGAUCAGAUAUGAUGCUUGGGAGCACAGAUUCUUUAGAACCUUCAAGUUCCACGGCAACUCAUGCCACAUACCAGUAUGAAACAGAUUCUGUCAUGUCAUCUAGCUUUACUAGUGGAGGCUCUAACACUAUGGUUUCCAGCACAGACACUUUGGAUCCUUCAGGAACAGGGGCUGAUGGGCUGGAUGCUAUUGAUCUUGCAGCUGCUGCACGUUCUGCAGGAGUUUGGUUUGAUGAUGGGAAUGGCAGUGGAGGAAAACCUUUUGUUACAGAAGUCAUUGAACCAUCAGAAGAAGAGGAAUUCUCUCAUACAAUACGUCGUACUGUUGAACUACCACCGGAAGUUAGGAAAGUAUCUUUUCAGGGGCCUGAUGCAGAGAGGGCAUUGAGAGAAUAUGUGGAACGCUUUGCCCCUGGUGAGGAUGUUACUGAAACCCAAGAAGUUGACAGUGAGGGUAAUGUUCAUAUCAAACGUGUUGUUCAGCGUCGCGUUGUGGUCCAUUCAGAAGAUCUGUCGGGUACAGAAUUAAUUGGACCUGAACUUGAAGAAUAUUUGAGACAUGUGUCUAGUGGAGAAUAUGACCAGGCCUCAGGAGAGGAUGUCCCUGAGUCUGACUAUACACACCUUAUGACUUCUAUCACUGGUGGUGCAGAAUCAUUCUCCUCUCCUCCUGAGGUGGUGACUCAUCACACCUAUGUCACUCGUCACAUGAUCCAUCCUACACCUGGGGCUGUAGUUACUUCCACCACCCAGCAAGGAUUAACCACCACCACCACCCCCAACCUAACAGGUGAUAUGGUGCUUGGUGACUGGAAGCAGCAUCAGUCAACGAGCAGAGAAGAGUCAGGCAUGCAAAGAGCUAUUCGUGGUGUCCAGUCACAACCACCAUGUCACCACCCGCCACUGCACGACAUUAGUGUUGAGGAGGAUGACACAGAAGUGGACUAUCGUGAACAUGACUGGCGCUUCAUCCCAGAUCCUACACCUGAGUUAUCUGCUGAAGAGGUUGAAGAGGUAGCAGGAGCUGAGGAUGCCAAAGAGACUGUUGGCCAGACAACUCGGACAGAGACCAGACUUGUUGAUGGCAAAACAGUGACUACAACCACAACAACCACUACCACUACCACCAAGACACCAAAGGAACUGGAAGAUAUGCAAGAGCACAUCAAGAAGUCCUCUGACAAGGAUAAAUCAGGAAAGCCAAAAUAAUCGUCACACCCUCUGGAGUAUGCUAGAUCUGUUCCUGUAGCCAGCAUAAGUACAAAGUAUAGUAUGUCAUCCAUUUGAAACAAUGUCUCUGAGGUCUGACACAGUUUGAAGUUAAAAUUACAAAUGUACAAAAGAGUGCUAAGACAUAAUACUGUCUGGGAAUUGAAAUUAAUGCUGUCAGGGAUAAAUACUUCCUUGAAACUUUUAAAACUACCAGUGAAAUUGUAACUGUAUUGUUCAGACAUCAUUAAAUGCUUCACCUGUUUUGUACAAAACUGGCAUAAUAUUCUCUUGAAUCUCCAAAGGCACACAUUACUCCCUGACAUCUGUUUCUAAAGAAGGUUUAUAAGUCCUUAGUAAUGUUGAGCAGCUCUACAAAAUUUGUAGGUUAUAUAGAACAUAAUGUUAUUAUGGUAUGAUCAUAUACUGAGACAUUACUCCAACCUCAGGACUUACGUAUUUAAUGCAGUGAAUUAUUAUCAAAAUACAAAACAGAAACUCAACCUUUGCCUCACCAGUUUAUAAUACUCCACAUCAUUGCAUUUCUCUGUCUUGUGAGAUUACAAGCAUCGUUAUAGUUAUUUUAUAUUUGUCCACAUUUAUUAAGCUGCAAGAAAGAUUUCCAAAGAUAAAGUGAUAAUUGAGAAAUUACAGAAGAUCACUUACGUUUAGCAACGAGAAUACCCAAUGCCUCAAGAUACAGUGUUCUGAAUCAAAUCUGUGCACAUGUUCUUAUUAUUUAAGCCAAAGUUUGUCUGAUCCCAUUGAGUUGUGUGGAAUCAGUGCUUGUGUCUCAGUGCUUGUGUGUUUCCUUUCACUGCUAAUUGAAAGUUUGUGUAGGAACAUAUAAGCCUAAAUAUCACAAUAAUCCACUAUAUUCCAUUUCUAGUUCAGGGUACAAUGUUCGAAAGAAUUUCUAGCAUUGUUAUAAGAAUUAUACUGUUAUGACAAAGGGCAUAUGCAUAACAUAUAAUUCUUCUUUGGUAGGGGGGGAGGUUGGUUGUAGUAAGUUUCCUUCUGAUAAUAUAAUUUGAAAAUUAUACUCCCACUGCCAUACACAGAGAAAUGAGAAAAUGAUAUUUGUUUCAUACAUGCCUUAAGAAGAAAACUCGAAUGUCUAGACCAGUUUCAUCUGUGAAAUUUUUGUUAUAGUUGUAUACUGUACACAAAUAGGCAUACUUGUCGUUUCAUGAUCAUAAUAUUGUGGAGAAAGCACUCAAAGUAACUUUUAUAGAUGUCUGAUUUUGAAGCAAACAAUGCAUUACCACUGCAUAAGUUAAUAAUUUUACCCAAGUUAGGCAUAUAAUUUUUGGGUUAAAUGUGAUUUAACCUUCAUAUUGUAUUUCAGCAUCCUGUUGCAUUGAUGUAUCACUCUACACACUUGCAUCCAUCUCUAAUUCAAUUUGAUCACAGUCUCUUCUUAUUCAAAAACAACAUUAAAAUCAGAAUCAUUGCUACAUGUUUUGGCCCUACUUGGCCCUCCUCAGGCAACCAUUCACUUUUUGAAACCCCAACACUGCACUAGUUCCUAAAUCAAAAUGUUUCAGUGCUGUUGUGUUCAAAUGUUUGACUACUGGAAACAACAUACUAAUGGGGCACAUGAAACUAACAAUGAUAACACCACUAUGCCAAUGUUCAUAGGGAUAAAUAAAGUAGCACAAAAAACAUGGAUGCUGAAAGAGGAAAAUCAUGUGGGAAAAGAUAAAGAGUUACAUUUUCAAACAAUUGUAUUUUAGUGCGAAUGACAAAAAUGCAAUUGUUUGAUAAUGUACCUCUUUAUCCUUUCCCACACGAUUUUCCUCUUUCAGCAUCCAUGUCUUUUGUGCUACUUUAUUUAUCCCUAUGAACAUUGGCAUGGUGCUGUUAUCAUUGUUAUUUUCAUGUGCCCCGUUAGUAUGUAUGUUCCCAGUAGUCAAACAUUUGAACGCAACAGCAUUGAAAUAUUUUGAUUUAGGAACUAGUCCAGUGUCAAGGGUUCAAAAAGUGAAUGGUUGCCUGAGUAGGGCCAAGUAGGGCCGAAACAUGUAGCAGUGAUUGUGAUUUCAAUGUCAUUUUUGAUUAAGGAGAGAUUGUGAAUAGAGUUGCAUUAGAGACAGAAGUGAAUGUGUAGAGUGAUUUAACCUGAUGUCAGCACCUGAAACAAUUUAAUGAAAGGUUAAGUUCUAUGCUAGUUAACUUCCUUUCCUCCAGAACCAAAGAAAAGUAUUUAAAUUUUCAAAAACCUCAUGUAAUCUCCAUAUCAAAUGUCUAUGUGUUCCAGAAUAUACGCAUGGAAUUCUGCUCUUUAAUGAGGGAAGAAAUAUUGCAGCUUGUUGGAAAUGUGAAUAGAAUCUAUUAAAAGUGUGACUGCAAUAUGCAAGUUAGUUUCAGAAUGUUGGAAUAUUACUUAGCAAGCAAAUGUACUGAUGUAAUGCAAUUAUUAUACUGUACAUCAGUGUCACAGUGCCUGAAAUACGUAAUUAUCACAUGACUUCUGCCUUUCAAAUUUAUAAAAUAACAAAAUCCAAAAAUCAUGCAGCCAACUUCUUUGACAAGACCCCCAUUUAAGAGUGCUAGAAUGCAUUGUUGACAUUGAUGGUGACAGAGGUUUUCAUCCUUAAACAAACAUUUCGUUUAUGAAAUUAAAUAGUGUUUUCAGCAUAACCUAAACAAUUUCUCCUCUCACCCCAUUAAAUAUAGAUUUUUCUCUGAAGGUCUGGCAUCUGUAAGCAAGUUACAUAGUCACAUGAUAUUAACAGUGAUCAAAAUCAAGUAAGGAAAUGUUGCUUGCCGCCAGAAAUUAUGUUCAUUACAAAUUGCUUCUUUGAAGAUGAAUAUAUAGGCAAUAUUCAACACUUCAGUGCAGAAAUUUAUUUACACAGAAACUAGCUAUCCUUUUCAGGGUGUAACACUAACCACUCACCUCCAUGUGGAUCUAAACAUCUACUCCCCAUACACUUUCACGGUGUAGUGCUUAAUUGGUUAAGCACAGGGACAAAUUUACCUGUACUAGCCAUCCUUUGGGAUGUUAGUAGUUCAAGAAUGACAGUUACAGGGUUAACAACAUUAAUUCUGGCUCAGCUCAUUGACAAAUACUGAUACUAUAGAUAAAUUCCUUUUAAAUAUGUUUUAAUUUCUUAAACCUACAUCAACUCUCUGGCAAAACAUAAAAAUAUAUCUUCAAAUUCUGAGUUCCUAGUUUAAAUUCAGUGUGAAUAUGUUUAAUUUUAUUGAUCCAUAUUUCAAUUUUAUAUAUAUAUAUAUAAGAAUUUUAUGUCAAAAGGCAGCAGAAAGACAUGUCAGCUUCAUAUGACACACACAUGUAACUCAGAAGUUACAUAGUAUAGACUGUAAAUUCUUCAGCCAUGUAAAGUAAUCCUCUGUUAUUUUUACCUAUAUUAAAUGUAACCUACAAGACUCCAUGAUAGUUACUGACAUGUCCCCUGUGUGAAAAAUUAAUCAUAUGCAGUUGACACUAGUGUUUCCUUUGUUGAGAUAAAAAAUAGUCUAUAAUGUCCCUCACAUUAUUGUAAUAUUGUGGUUUGGAGAGUGGAUAGUGGUGCUAUAGUGAAAGAUCUAAAUAAUUAGGUAGCUCAGAAAUUGGAUCAUUUUCUCCUCUGAAAUAGCUAAGUACUGAGUUUUGAUGUAUUUAUUGACACAAAAAUUCCUAUCAUUGCUUGCAUUUAUCAGACAGCUAUAUUGCCAUUGACAUUAUAAAGAAAAUCACCAAAGUUCAAAAUGACCAUCCCUUAGUAUUGACAGUUAGUACAAGGAAAUUAAUGUUACUUCACAAGUAAGAAAUUCCCUGUACUUGAAAUAUAUUCAUGUUGACAGAUAUUGUAAUGAAUACUAUGAAGAAAUUUCCUUUACUUAACACAUAAUCAUUAUAUAAAUAUUACCACAGAUGAGUGAUGUUAAUUGUAAUGAAUACUCCUGUUAUACGCAUGAUAUGUUAAGAAUUAAAGUAAUAUGAAGAGGCUUCCAUCAUAUGAUGAAACUCAAUUAAGACUAUUGCCCAGGAAAGAUAUACAAAUAGGAAUUCUUCAGGUUAUGAGUUCAGAAUAAAUCCUCUCAAAUUUGGAGAGCAAUACUUAUUCCUAUUUUAUGAUUCAGUAUAGUUGGUACCUUAAAUUAUAAUCCAUAUUUUAAAAUGAAGUUCAUUAUAUGAAUAACCCACCACCAAUACCAUAAGUUUAUGACAGACUCAGCAUGAAUAACAGAAUCAGAGACUGCGAUGCCAAGAAUUCCCAUAAGUGUAUAUGUUCACGUGUUUGAUGGUGACACUUCUAGUCAGAUAAAGAGUCAAAAUACAAUUUUACUUGAUAACAGAUUUGAGGGUAAUGAGUAAGUAACCUUUAACAAGUCAUACUUGGAACUCAUAAAAUUAAUAAAUAUGUAUGUAUAUAUAUAUAUGUAUGUAUGUAUAAACUGAAUCGAGCAGUUUGAUUGUAUGAAAAUACGAAAACCAGUGCAGGUACAUACAACAGUCAAGUGAAAAUACUUCAUGCCCUUUUCACAUUGUUAUUGCUGACAAGUGCAUAUCUGAUUACGACAUGUUUUGUGGUCAUGAAAGUAAAACACCAUUCUAUAAUUCUUUGCUCUUUUUUAUGAAGGAAGCACUGAUGAAGAAAUUAAAAUUUUGUGGCCAUUGCUGCUAUGUUUUUUUGCUUUGAAGCUUGUCCAAUAAGCUGCCACUUAAAUUAAGAGCAGUUUUGAUCUUGUCCAUUUUAAUGUCAUCAUGAUCAUCACAUUAAUUUCUUGUCAGAAUUAUGGCACUCCACAUAUUACUUUUCAUACACUAUAAAAUUUAAAUGUAUAGUGUUUAACCAUUGCCAUGAAAUUGGACAACUUAUUCAAUCUUGGCAGUGCUUUAGAAUGCAGUUACUUGCCAACUGAAAUUUGCUGCAGUGAUUUUAGCUGUCUACAAUUUUGUAAUAAAGAAAGUGUGUUUGUCAGUCUGCAGUGGCGAUGUUCCUCUAGGUUUUUGCCUUAGCAGUGCAAAACCAUACACAUAACACACAAAAAGUUGGAUAUCUUGCUUGACUAAUAACUCAUUUAAUACUUUUCCUCAUCAUUAUCUCUUAGGAAAUGUGAUAAUAUUAUUUUACUCCAUAUUUAUAUGAGAAUUAUAAUAAAUCUUUACACAUAAUUGUUGAAUUUAUUCAGGAACUGUUUGAGUGUUGUUAGAACUUGUCAGGCUGCUUAACAUCUGUUAUUAUUUCCUUCCAGAUAAUUAUAACGUAUCUUAGUUGUACAAAAAAUCUUGCGGCAUAAUGUACUUCAUAAUAAUCAACGUUUAGCUGACGAAUAGCUUAUUUAAGGUGAAGGAAGAUGAAAUAAAAGUGUUGUUAUUUUUGAAAAAUAUUUUUUCCUAGCUAUUGAAAUGUAUUGAAGAUGGACUGUGCUUCGUUUUCGAGUGGACUUUAUUAUCACAUUAUUAUUACUAUUAUCAAUAAUAAUAUACAUGUCCUGAAUGAAUGUAUCUAAACUUGAGAUUGCUGCCAGUGUUUUUAUUGGCUAAAGAAGAUGGAUGUGUUAACAGGCAAAAUAAAGCUUAAAUAAGUGCCAGAA